UCAAAGCAAGCAGGUUGAGGAGAUUACCUGCACAUCCUGGAAUAUAUAGAAUUUCCAAUUAUGUUUUCAGUGCUUCAAAAAUUGAUUUUGUCCAUCCAGGCUCAGCAGAGCUGAAUAGCAAAGCAACAGCAGGUCAUCAACAACGUAGUUGAGACCAGGAAUUUUGGUUAGCUACAGUAGGAGACCUCUUCAGUUCUGCAUUUGACCAGAGACUAAAAAAGGUAGUUGAUCUGAAAAGAAAAGAAUAAGAAAAAGAGCAAAAGUUGAGAAGAUCAACGGACAAGCAGGGAGGUGUCUCUCUUCUCUCCAAUUCUCGGUUGGGUCUUCCUUCAACAGUAUCUAGAGACUUUAUAAUUGAUUGCUCGUCUACUAAGAGUAUUGCGAUAAUAUAACCAACAAUGGUUCUUGGGCUGAGGUCAAAGCACCGGAAAGACACUUCCCUUCAAGUUGAUUACCUUGUCCAUGUAAAGGAAAUUAAGCCUUGGCCUCCAUCACAGUCUCUGAGAUCGGUUCAAUCUGUAUUGCUUCAAUGGGAAAAUGGUGAUCACAAUUCUGGGUCCCUUGCUUCUGGUGUUGGGGAUCUCAAUAUUGAAUUCAAUGAAUCUUUCAUGCUUUCUACGAGUUUAUGUAGAGAAAAAAGGGCCCGUGAUAAUUUUCAGAAGAACUGCUUGGAGUUCUACUUGUACGAACAUCAAAAAGACAAGGCAGCAAAAGGAAAACACUUGGGGACAGCAAUUAUAAAUCUUGCAGAUUAUGGAAUUGUUAAAGAAACUUUAACCUUUAGUGCUCCAGUGAGCUGCAAGAAGAGUUCUAGGAACACGGCGCAACCAGUUCUAUUUUUCAAUAUACAACCAUUUGAUAAGAAUAGCUCCACAUCGUCACCAAGAGGUACUUUAUCGAAAGAAGCAUCACUAGACAUGGAUGGAGGAGAAUCUGUUUCAGAGACAGUGAAUGAAGAAAAUGACGAUGAAUCGGAGAUUGCCUCUUUUACUGAUGAUGAUGUUUCCUCACAUUCAUCGCGGACCAUUUCCUCUUCUGCUUUUGAAGCUACAAAGGUUUCAGCCCCUCAAAAUGAAGAGAGCGGAUCUGGAUCAACAAAGUAUAGAACAGGAAGGGGUAGUGGAGAACCAUCUCUACCUCUGGGAGUGGAACCUGCAAAGUCAGUGGAGAUUUCAGAGGCUAAAUUAGUUAAACAGGCGAAUGGAAGUUCACAGACUUUGUCAUCAACAGUCUUCUCCUCUGAUUUGGCGAAUCCUGUCAACAGACAUGCUAGUAAGUCCAAAUAUCAAGAGAGGAACUUAAUUCCAAUCCAGAAGGGUCAUGCUACCCCCUUUGUUCAAUCUUCUUCAUCUUCAUUAGAUUUCCCAAAUACAAAUGAGGCAUCUAGUAACUGCAUAACAAGCUUUGAACAGGAAGAUAUCACCCAUGAGUUUCAUGAUGAGAUUUAUCACAGCAGGGGAAAUUUUCAAGAUGAUUAUGUUGACAAACUUGCAGCCAAAGUUACAGUCUUAGAUACACAUGUUCAGGUGGGCGCGAACUCCAACUUAAACUCUAGAGACUCACCUGCCAGUCGAGAGUACUAUGAAGAAGCCUCAAGAGGGAGCAAAAAUGAACAACUAAAUGCUACAAUUGUUAAUGACAUACAUGCUGGUCCAAUGGAGGGCAAAGAGAAAAAGGAACAACGAGAUAAUAGACAAGACAAACAGAUACUUGAGGAUAAUAAAAGUUCUUCAGAAAACAAACUAGUUGGUAACUCUUCACAAGGUUCUAGCAGAAAGCAUUGGACACAAAGGAGUGAUACUUUUAUAUCCAGCAGGAGAGAUCACGGAGUGCAGGGUACUGCCAAGACCAAUAAUAAACUUAGGCAUUUGAAGUCUGUUCAGUUACCAUAUGACUCAGGGAAGGCCAAUGAGUUUUUGGGCACUUCUCAGAUAAUUGAGAAGGUUAGGGAAAUUGAGAUUCUGGAGGAUGCCAAUAAUACUGCUACUGGUAAUGUAGCAGCUGAAAUAAAAGAAGCAAAAGAUGGGUUUGCUGACAGCAAAACUGAAUGGAAGUCUAGAAUCAAGAUACUCGAGGAAGAGUUGAGGGAAGCUGCUGCCCUUGAGGCUUCCCUUUAUUCUGUAGUUGCGGAGCAUGGGAGUUCCACAAAUAAGGUCCAUGCUCCAGCUCGUCGCCUCUCUAGAUUCUAUCUCCAUGCUUGGAAAGCGAGGUCCCAAUCUAAAAGAGCAACUGCAGCAAGAGGUGCUGUGUCAGGAUUAGUUUUGGUUUCUAAAGCCUGUGGAAAUGAUGUCCCAAGGUUAACUUUCUGGUUGUCAAAUUCAAUUAUGUUGAGAGAAAUUGUCAAACAUUCUGUUGAAGAAAUGCCACUUUCUGGUGGACCAUGCAUAGAAAAUAAUGGUAGUGAGGAGGGGUCUGCCGGAAGAUUCACAUUGAAACGGGAUGACUACUCUUCAGUUGGGAAAGGAAAAAAUAGUUUGAUAAAAGAAUUUGAAGACUGGGAGGACCUGCAAACUUUUAUGGUUGCAUUGGAAAAAGUUGAAGCUUGGAUCUUCUCCCGAAUUGUUGAGUCUGUGUGGUGGCAGACUUUGACCCCACAUAUGCAGUCCACGGCUGCAAAGACUAGUGGAGGAGCUAGGACCUCAAGCUCAAGGAAAAUCUCUAAGAGUACGCAUGUUUUGGGUGAUCAUGAUCAAGGGAAUUUUUCAAUGGAACUCUGGAAGAAGGCUUUUAGGGAUGCCUGUGAAAGGCUUUGUCCCAUUCGAGCUGGAGGGCAUGAGUGUGGCUGCCUUCCUGUGCUGGCUAAAUUGGUAAUGGAGCAGUUGGUAGAUAGACUAGAUGUGGCAAUGUUUAAUGCCAUUCUUCGUGAAUCAUCUGAAGAAAUGCCAACAGAUCCUGUGUCAGAUCCCAUUAGUGAACCUAGAGUCCUCCCGAUUCCUGCUGGAAAAUCAAGCUUUGGGGCUGGCGCACAACUGAAAAAUGCUAUCGGGAGCUGGUCCAGAUGGCUAACGGAUCUCUUUGGCAUUGAAGAUAGUGACUCAACAAGAUGUACGAAUAACCUAGGCAAUGACAAUGGACUGGAUCACGAGACAUCUUUCAAGGCUUUCCGACUCCUCAACGCAUUGAGUGAUCUCAUGAUGCUUCCAUUUGAUAUGCUUGCUGAUAAGUCCACAAGAAAAGAGGUUUGCCCGAUAUUUCUUGCACCGUUGAUCAAGAGGGUUCUCAACAAUUUUGCUCCAGACGAGUUUUGCCCAGACCCAGUUCCAGUGGCUAUUCUUGAUGCCCUUGAUGCUGAGGAUGCUCCAGAGGCUGCCGGAGAGUCUUUCACAAGCUUUCCAUGCAUCGCGACUCCUACAGUCUAUUCACCACCUACAGUAGCUUCACUAGCAGGCUUUAUGGGAGAAGUAGGAAGCCAGACUCUGCAAAAGAGCUGGUCAUUGGUGCUCAGAAAAGCAUACACCAGUGAUGAUGAACUUGACGAGUUGGAUUCUCCCAUAACUUCAAUCGUUCUUGAAAAUUCCCGGCUAUCCUCUACUUCAACAAAACCCGACUGGAUGCCAAAGGGAGAAAAAAGUCAAAACGUUGUUAGAUAUAAGCUCCUGCGGGAAGUAUGGAGAGAUAGUGAAUAGUCCUGUGUGUGUGUCUCUCACAUAUGUAUACAUUUGCAUGUAUAGCCACAUAUCUUUUUUAAAUUUUGGGUUUGAAGACCAUUAUAAUUUAAGAGUUCUUUCUAGAAUUAUUAGUUGCAUAUUCAUGUAAAAGCAGAAACAGAAUAAUGUGAAGUAAAAAAACCAGAUAACAUGCAUGUCAGGUAGGCACUGAUUCCCGA